AUGUCAACACCAGGUUUAGCGGAAUUUGAAAAGAUUUUGAAAGAGAUACCAACAUUACCUCCACCAGGUGUCUCAGGUUCACGUAUUAAGAAAUUGACUGAAAUCGCUGUUAAGGAAAUUAGUCCAGAAACAGAGUCAAAGUUGAUGGGGAUUUUAUAUUCUCAAUGUAAAGCAAAUUCAUCUACAAACAAAUUGGGUACUUUAUAUAUUGUUGAUUCGAUAGUUAGAAAAUUCAUCGAAGAAGCCGACAAGAAAGGUGAACCGUUGGUACCAGAUGCUCCUGAAGGCACAUUUGCUUCUGCUGUUUUUAAAACCAAUGAGUUGAUUGAAUCUAUCGUAGAUGACGCCAUGGAAUUACUGAUUAACCCUUCUGUCAAUAACAAGAUUGAAAAAUUAGUUGACAUUUGGGCCAAGCUGCAAACUUUCUCACCAGAUAUUAUUAGAAGCAUCAGAAAUAAGUAUUUCAAGUCCACCACACCACCUGGAUCUCCUCCAAGAACUAGUGUCGAACCUGUAAAACCUGAUGCCACUGAAAGUUCUAAAGAGUCGAAUAGUAUUUUACUGGCUUUGGCUUCUUUAACUAAAUCUAAUGGUGGUAGUGACUCUGUAGCUACUUCACAGUCGUCUACCACUAAUAAUAAUAGUGGUUCCAAUGCUACUGAUAUUUUAUCCCAAUUAUCUAACACUCUAGGUGCAAAUGGUAGUGGUGCCAACAAUAACAACAACCCAGGUUUGCCUGUUCCACCACCAGCAACACAGCAACAACAACAACAACAACAACAACAACAGUUCUCACCAUUUCCACAGCAAGGACUUAGCUCUGAACAACAGGUUUUAUUUAAUAUGUUACAGCAAAUGAAUAAUCAACAACCACCUCAACCUACUAAUAAUUAUGAUGGUGGUAGACGUUCUCGUGACAAUGAAUAUGGAUCGUAUGGUAGAAGAAACAGAUCCAGAUCACCUUCUCGUGGCGGUAAUAACCAGUAUAUAAGAUCUCCACCAAAUGCUUCUGUUCAAGCUCUUCAACAAAACAUGCAGAAUUUAAGACAACAGCAAAAUCACCAUGGUCACCAAGCUAAGCAUAACCAGGGAAACCCAGCAUUUGUACCACCUACUGAUAUGGGAGGAGAGAUUAACCAACCUGGAAACCCUCAUUAUCGUCCAAGAAAUGUUGAUUUUGAUUCUUCUAUUCCACAAGCCACGGUCAAGGUGUUAUCAAGAACAUUGUUCUUGGGUGGUGUUCCAAGAAACAUGGAUGAAAGAGCAUUGGCUCAGGUUUUACGUCCAUAUGCUGAAAUUCAAUCGGUUAUAUUAAACAGUGAGAAAAAACAUGCAUUUGUUAAGGUAUAUUCUAGAAGAGAGGCAGAACAAGUGAUUACAUCAUUUAACAAAGAUGGUGCCUUGCCUUUGAGAACAAGAUGGGGUGUUGGGUUUGGUCCAAGAGAUUGUUGUAAUUAUCAACAUGGUAUAUCAAUCAUUCCUAUUCAAAGAUUAACUGAAGCAGAUAGAAACUGGAUGGUUAAUGCACAAUGGGGAGGUACUGGUGGUCAGCCAAUUCUGAGUGGUAUGGUUGUUGAUGAACCAGAUAUUGAAAUUGGAUCAGGUCUUUCAUCAAAGGCAAUGUCCAAGAAAAUGCCAACCAAUUCUGCAAGAAAUGGUCCUAGAUCUAACAGACCAGGUGAACCUGACGAAGAGUAUGUUAAAACUACAUUGAUACCCCAACAAAGUAUCCAAAUGACACAUGGUGCUCAACCACAAUUCAGUAUAUACCAACAAUCAUCUGUAAACCCACUUCAAGGUUUAUUUGGUAACAAUAUGCCACAACAACCUGUUCAACAACCACCACCUCCACAACAACAGCAACAACCUCCAGCACCACCUCAAGGUGGAAUGAAUCAAAGUGACGCGUUAGCAGCUUUAGCAGCAUUUAUGCAAAACUCCCAACAACAAUAG